AUGUCCAAAUACGACCAAUACGAAGGCUUCCAGGUCGAGUCGCCCGAGACCUGGACCGAGUUCCACAAGAACAAGUUUGACGUGAAGCCGUUUGGCGAUCACGACGUCGAGAUCAAAAUCGAGUGCUGCGGCGUCUGCUCGAGCGACAUCCACACCAUCAACGGCGGCUGGGGCGAGCAGAAAUUCCCGCUGGCCGUCGGCCACGAGAUCGUCGGCAAGGCGCUGCGCGUCGGGCCCAAGGUCACCCUUGUCAAGGAAGGCGAGCGCGUCGGCCUCGGCGCCCAGUGCUGGUCCUGCCUCGAGUGCCGCCAGUGCAAGAACGACAACGAGACGUACUGCACCCAGCAGGUCGACACCUACGGCCAGGCGUGGCCCGAUACGGGCAUCGUGACGCAGGGCGGCUACUCCUCGCACGUGAGGGCCCACGAGCACUGGGUCUUCCCCAUCCCUGACGCAAUACCGAGUCAUCUCGCAGCACCAAUGCUAUGUGCUGGCAUUACAAGCUACAGCCCACUGGUGAGAAACGGUGCCGGCCCGGGGAAGAAGGUCGGCAUCGUCGGUCUGGGCGGCCUCGGCCAUUUCGGCGUGCUGUUCGCCAAGGCGCUGGGGGCCGAGACGUGGGUGAUCUCGCGCUCGCACAGCAAGGAGGCCGACGCCAGGAAGAUGGGCGCGGACGGGUACCUGGCAUCGCAGGACCCGGACUGGAACAAGGAGCACGCCAUGACGUUCGACCUGAUCAUCAGCACGGCCAACAACUUCGGCGAGGGCUUCGACCUGGGCGCCUACCUGGCCCUGCUCGACGUCCACGGCAAGUGGGUGUCGGUCGGCAUGCCCGAGGAGGCCACCCUCAACAUCCGCCCGCAGGACCUGAACCCCAACGGCUGCCUGAUCGGCUCCUCGCACCUCGGCAGCCGCAAGGAGAUGUUGGAUAUGUACAAGCUGGCGGCCGAAAAGGGAAUCAAAUCAUGGGUCGAGACUGUGCCGAUCAGCGCCGAGAACCUGUCCGCGACGAUGAAGAGGCUACGCAAGAAUGAUGUACGGUACCGAUUUACCAUGACGGACUAUGACAGGGCCUUUGGGGCAUAG